CCGACGAAACGCCUCAACGAGCCCAUAUGCGUCAUUCCACUUAAAGGGGAUGUUCGGUCCUUGUACGUUCAACCGCGCCGGAUGUCGUCUCCUACUUGACCUACUGUCAAAAAUACAACAAUUCCAAAGAGACCUUCCUUAAUACCGAGUAGAGAUAAGGAAAGAUAUUUCCAAUAAGCGCUAACAUCUCUAAACGAACACAUCUACGGGUGCUGCUAUGGCUGAAGAAAAUAUUUUUCUUUUCGUCCCAAAUUUGAUUGGCUAUGCCCGCAUAGUUCUGGCACUGCUGGCUUUCUACUUCAUGCCAUGUUGCCCAGUUCUAGCAGUGCUCUGUUAUCUUGUCAGUGCCCUCUUGGAUGCCUUCGAUGGGCAUGCUGCUCGUGCCCUCAACCAAGCUACUAAGUUUGGUGCAAUGCUGGACAUGCUAACAGACCGCUGUGCUACUAUGUGCCUGCUGGUGAACCUGGCUAUGCUCUACCCGUCCUACGCCUUCCUCUUCCAGCUCAGUAUGAGCUUGGACAUCGCAAGUCACUGGCUGCAUCUGCAUAGUUCAAUGAUGAAGGGAGCUUCAAGCCACAAGACGAUUGAUCUGUCUGGGAACCCCAUCCUUAGGCUCUACUAUACCUCCAAGUCGGUGUUAUUUGUUAUGUGUAUGGGCAAUGAGCUCUUCUUCUGCCUGCUGUACUUCAUGUAUUACAUCGAGGAGACACACGUGUGGCUACAGGGACUGCUGGUAGUAUGUGGGGUGAUAUGUGCCCUGAAAUCUGGGAUCAGCCUGCUGCAUCUCAUCACUGCUUCCAGGAACAUGGCUGCCAUUGAUCUUGCUGACAGGGAGAAGCAAAGGGGCAAGACUGAGUGAAAGAGGGGUAUGGGGAAAAUAAUAAAAGCAGUGGACAGUUGGGUAGAUAAGGGGGAUGGGGAAUGAGAUUAAAAUGUAUGGAAAGGCCAAUACAUUGAAUAGGCAUGGUUAUGUAGUAGAAGGAACAAAAUUGAGUUUUUGUGAGAGGCAGGAUGGAGAAAAUAUCGGGACCAUUUAAAAUUAUACUGUAAGUAUUUAUUUCUGAAUGACCACUAGAGGAGUAUAGUCUUGUUUUAUGGCAUAAUUUGAGAGUGAAUUUAUUCUUUUGAAGUGCUACAAUGUUCAAGCUAAUCUAGUUAUCACAUUCUCCAUGACAAUCCAUAAUAUUUGUGGAGUUCCAUGUGCUGACAGCCUCUACACAUUUAAGAGUACUCGCUAGUUAUUGUAGGAUGAACAAUUGGUUACUCUUCAAAUUAUUUUCAAAGAAAAGUUUACUGAAGAUAUGCCACAGUCUAUUCAUUUGCAAUGUAAAAGUACAAUUUUACUGAAACUUUUAAAACAGUUUAAGGAUGAGAAUGUAGAAAUGUUAUACAAAUGGGAAGACUUGACAUUAUUAUCAUGCUUUUCUAAUGUAAACUGUGAAAAUUGCCAAUUGUGUGCCCACUUUACCAUAUUGCAGUUUAGAUAGAUUAAUUUGUAACUUUUUUAUUGUUUAUUUGUUUAUUAACCCCCCCUUAUCCGGAUUAAGUUCAGCCUCUCUUCAGGCCCAAAUUAUAGCGAAAGACUACUGUUAUUUGAAGUUUUGUUGUUGCUGUUCUUUUCAUGAUAAUUCUGUUUGGUUGAUAUUAUAAGUAGGUGUUCUGGGCAUGUUUGUUUUGUUUUAGAUCAUGUGAUGACAACAAAAUGCAGUUAUUACAGUACACAUGCAUUUGUACUUUUAGCGUCACAUUUGUCACUGAGGAACAUAAAUAUAGUUUGGGAAAAUGGCAUCAAAAAUACAAUCCUACACAUGCGCACCCAUCAUGAAAAGACCAAAUUGCUCACAAUCAAAUACAGAUUGUCUGCAAAGAUAUUGGAUUCAUACGGGGACCAUUUGGAAUGGACUGGCUUCUGCUUGUGUGCCACAAUGCAAAUUUGGGUGUGUUCUUAUUUCUCAUUACAGUAUUCAGACUUUGCUUAAAUGGGAAUGGCCUUUCAGAAAGAUUUGACCACUCCAUUUCUUCAUGGUCACAGUCCAGAAUCUCUCAUAAUCACUUGAAUUCAUCCAGGGCUCCAGGACUAGUACCAUCUCUCCUAAACAGCAUUUUGUUGAGAAAUCAUUCUAUAAUGAUUUUAUAGAUAAGUCCAAGUUUGUUUUGUUUUUUGCCAUGCUGAUCUUUCAAUGUAUUUAUUUCCUAAGAUGUACUUUAUUUGGGAGUAUAUGAAUUAAUAUACAGAUAAAGUUUAAGCUUUUAAGCCGUUUGGUGCAGUGCUUCAGUCAUGCGGUUAAACUUUUGAAUGUUUCAAAGUAUGGUAAAUGAUGAAGCCACAAUAAACACAAUCUAUGAGCCAAA